AUGACGGUCUUUGUGGUGUCCCUCUUUCUCCCGAACACUAUCAACUUCUCACUACCUACUUCGACCGCUACUACUCCUCCGAACAACCAGGCUCCGCCUCGACCACAACGUCCAAUCCGCGCGCUCACUCGAACGAAUACCAAGGUCGAUGUUUUAGAAACACCCAGUCUUUUUAACCAGCGCGACAUUACACCUCCCGACACUCCGAUCGCAGAAGACAACCAUGUCGAUUUCUUCUCGCAGGGAGAUGCCAAUAAAUUCAACAUCCACCACCCAAAGCAGCCGGGCCCAAAAUCUAUUCUUGCGCCCAGUGAUCCGCAUUCGCCAGCAUGGGGAACAGGUAGACUCUUCACCCAACCCCGAUCGCGCGCAAGCUCUCCUCCUCCAGCAGACAUAUUGAAGCACAAUAAGACUGCAGAGAAGGCCGCUGCACUCGGUCGGGCUGGAAUCCGUCAGCCUCAACUUGAGGGACGGAGUGAAAGUCACGACCGUGUAUUUGCUCAUGCUAAUUGGAAUGUGGUGCCUGCAGAUCAAGGAAACGGCGGACUUCGAAAUGCUGUCGCAGCUGCGGAACGAAGCGGAUGUUUGGAUGACAAGAUUUGGGUUGGAACCUUGGGAAUGCCUACGGACGCUCUAGAAGAUACGCAGCAGAAGCAAGAUAUUGAGGAUCGUUUGGCUACGGAACACGACUCGUUGACAGUAUUUUGCAAGGAUUCAGAUUUCGAUGGCCAUUACACGCAUUACUGCAAGCAGAUCCUCUGGCCGGUAUUCCAUUACCAAAUCCCAGAUAACCCAAAAAGCAAAGCUUACGAGGACCACUCGUGGGUCUACUACGUCAAAGUCAAUCAAGCGUUUGCCGAUAAAAUUGUUGCAAACUGGAAACGCGGAGAUGUGAUCUGGAUUCACGACUACCAUCUUCUGUUGGUGCCAAAUAUGAUCCGAAAGAAGCUGCCCGAUGCGAAGAUUGGUUUCUUCCUUCACGUUGCGUUUCCAUCGUCUGAGGUCUUCCGCUGCUUGGCUGUGCGGAAGGAACUUCUCGAGGGAAUGUUGGGUGCCAAUCUUAUCGGAUUUCAAAUUCACGAGUAUGCGCGCCAUUUCCUUCAAACUUGCAGCCGACUCCUCUGCGUCGAGGCCACGAAUGAUGGAGUUCAACUCGAGGAGCGUUUCGUUGAUGUUAUUGAUACCGCCAUCGGUAUUGAUCCAGUCGCUUUGGAAACGAGUCGCGCAGAUCCAGCUGUUGCGGAAUGGUUGAAUACUAUGCAAGAGCGAUAUCGAGGGAAGAAAUUGAUCGUUGCACGAGACAAAUUGGAUUACGUCCGAGGUGUCCGCCAAAAGUUGUUGGCUUACGAACUAUUUUUGAAUAAACAUCCGGAAUGGAGAGACAAAGUGGUAAUGAUUCAAGUUGCGACAUCUACCACUGAGCAAGCUGAGCUCGAUGCGACCGUAUCUGACAUUGUCACGAGAGUAAAUUCUUCCUGGGCGAAUCUUGCAUAUCAGCCACUUGUCUACCUCAAGCAAGAUAUCAGUUACCCGCAGUAUCUGGCUUUACUUACGGUCGCCGAUGCUCUAAUGGUUGCAAGUCAGCGAGAAGGUAUGAAUUUGACUUGUCACGAAUAUCUAUUCUGUCAAGAUGGCAAAUUUGCCGGCCAUAAUAAGAAUGGUUCGCUCAUCCUGAGCGAGUUCACCGGUAGUGCUUCUGUCUUUGGGGGUAACGAACUCUCGGUCAAUCCAUGGGAUUACAGACAAUGCGCAGACGCCAUAUUCAAAGCUUUGGUUAUGCAAGACCAGGAGAAAGAGCAACGAUGGUCAAAGUUAUACGAAGCUGUGAUGCAUCAUACAGCUGAGCACUGGUUCACCACUUUCCUAGCAAGGCUUGAUAAAGUAUAUGACGAACAAUAUCGUCGAGAUACAACCUCGAUACCUCGUCUCUCUAUUAAUGCUUUGAGCCAGUCAUACAAGAAGUCACAGCGACGUCUGUUUAUGCUUGACUACGAGGGAACUCUCGCUUCCUGGGGCUCACCACACGAUAUCAUUCUCACAAGUCCACAGCGUACACUUGAUGUUUUGAACGAUGUCCUCGCUGAUGAGCGUAAUACCGUCUACGUGAUGUCAGGCCGUCAACCGGAAGAACUUGAUCGUCUGUUCAAGCGAGUUCCAAACCUUGGACUCAUCGCUGAAAAUGGCUGCUUUAUCAAAAAGUUUGGCGCUUCAGAGUGGACUGAACAAGCCAACCUAGAAAAGAUGCACGAUUGGCAGGAUUCAGUCGAGGGCAUCAUGCAAUAUUAUCACGAACGUACCCCUGGGUCUUGGAUCGAGCGCCGCCAUUGCAGUUUGAUUUUCCAUUAUAAAAGUUGCGAGGAUCCAGAAUCCGCGAGUCGUCAAGCUGGUGAUUGUGCAAGCCAUAUCAAUGAUGCUUGUGAGGAGCAGAGAGUUAAGGCUAUUCCAACCGAACAUGCUGUCAUCGUCGCACCAAUCGACUGGUCUAAAGGCACCGCAGCUACACAGAUCUACGAACAAAUCGAGGCAUCAGGAGAUGCAAACGUUGAUUUCCUGACCGUCAUGGGUGAUGGUCGUGAUGAUGAGGUUAUCUUCCGUUGGGCAAAUGAGCUCGAGAGGCAGAAGAAAGUAAAACAUGUGACUACCGUUAGUCUAGGCGCCCACAACACCGAGGCUGGCUACACUCUGACACAAGGCGUUACUGGAGUUUUGACCGUUUUGCAAAAGCUAGGACAGCUUUCAUGA